UCUUUUGAAAAUAACCGUGCUAGGAACGACAGGCGCCAUUGUUGAAGAGAUGCGGUGAUGUACUGAAUCAAGUUUGUUUAUCAAAACACUUUAUAGUUUGCCAGAGACCGGUCUGCGUAAACCGAGACGUGGGUUAAUAGUUGUACAACACAAUAGAUAUGGCACAGCGUGUUGCUGUGAACGAUGGUGCUUCUGGAUCCAAGCGGACCUCUCGGGUUCGUGUGGCGGUUCGGCUCAGACCCUACAUGGACAAGCAGGACGAGAAGGGAGAGGGGCCCUGUGUCAGGGGUCUGGACCCACAGAAGUUGGAGAUCAUCAACUGGAGGAACGCCACUGAGACUCUGCAGUACCAGUUUGACGUGUUUCAUGGAGAACAAACCACACAGCAGGAAGUGUUCCUGACCUCCGUCAAGCCCACCCUCCCUCUCGUCCUCAAUGGUCAGAACGCUAGUGUCUUUGCCUACGGACCCACUGGAGCAGGAAAGACGCACACUAUGCUCGGCAGUCAAGAGCAGCCAGGCAUUAUUCCCAGAGCUGUCAAAGAGGUCUUCAAGCUGGUUGAAGCUCAGAAAAAGGAGCAGGAUGGUUGGGAAUACUCAGUUGGGAUGUCUUACCUUGAGAUCUACAAUGAAAAGGUGCUGGACCUGUUGUCCCCGGGUUCCCAGGACCUGCCCAUCCGUGAAGACAAGGACAGAAACAUCCUCAUUCCUGGUUUAACGCACACACCGCUUUCAUCCUUUAGCGAUUUCGACACCCAUUUUGUCCCCGCGAGUCUAAACCGCACCACGGCCUCUACUAAACUCAAUCAGCGCUCCAGCCGCAGUCACGCCAUCCUCCUCAUAAAGGUAGUGAAGUCUCAGCGCGGGCCGCCUCACCGACAGCAAACGGGCAAGCUGUAUUUAGUUGACCUGGCAGGUUCAGAAGACAACCGGCGCACGGGAAAUCAGGGCAUCCGUCUGAAAGAGAGCGGAGCCAUCAACCUGUCCCUCUUCACCCUCAGCAAAGUGGUGGACGCUCUGAACGCAGGGGCCGGGGGCCGCGUGCCCUACAGAGACAGUAAACUGACCCGUCUGCUGCAGGACUCUCUGGGUGGUUCGGCUCAUUCCGUCAUGAUCACAAACAUCGCACCGGAGUACAGAUAUUACUUUGACACCUUCUCAGCCCUCAACUCCGCCGCCAAGUCCAAGCAGAUCGUCAAUCGGCCCUUUGUCAGGGAAACCGUUUUGGCUCCUACGAUUGCUCCUGGAAAGAGAGCCAGAGAGGAACGGGAGGCUGGAGGUUCCGGUGAGCCCCAGAACAAAAGGUCUAAAGAGGGGAAGAGAGCUGAACAGUCCUCAUCACCGCCCGUACAUCCACAGAGUUCCCCAGAUUCGUCGGUUCUGGACAGACUCAUGGCUCUAGAGAAGAUGAUGAUGGGCUCAGCUGAGAGGGAAAGACUCAACCUGCUCAAAACUGUAGCACAGUCCCGUAAAGAAAUACAGAUGUUGAAGGAGAAACAGAAGGAGCUGGAGGACAAAGCAAACAUGUUUAACAAGCAGAAUGAAACCACUGAAAAAGAGGCCAAAGAUGCACUUCUCUUUAAGACGGAUCUGCCCCCACUGCACAGAAAACAGUCUACAGCCGCCAAACCACGCAAACAGCAGGCGGUUGUCACACCGUUACAGGUCUCUCAGGUACUGCCCUUGCAGCAGUGCGCUGUGGUGUGUAAACCCUCACAAAUCCUGGAUAAGAAGAAGAAGAAACGCGUCCAAACAGAGGUGUGCGAGGGGAAGGAGAACGGAGGUGCGGAUCCUCCCUCUGCUGACGGCGUCAACUGGGAGUCCCACCUGGAUUCAGCAUUACUAGAGCAGUCCCGGAAGAAGAUCCUGCAGACGCUGAACUCCGGCUCGCUGAAGGACCUCAAGAGCCUGCAGCUGAUCGGAGACAAGAAAGCCAAACUGAUCAUGGGCUGGAGAGAGAUUCAUGGGGACUUCACACAGUUGGAAGAUCUGAGGAAACUCGAAGGCAUUACAGCUAAACGCUUCUCCUCUUUCAUAAAGGCCAAUAUUCUCAGCAGUAUGGGGAAGUGAAGCGUCUGAGCCACCGUGUCUGAAGAGGAGCGUUUGAACUUGUGACUUGUGUUUUUAAGAUGGGUUUUACAUGCUUUAUGAGUGUAACAUUUUGUACAGGAUUUUUUUGGUUGUCUAUACUUGACUUUUUUUAAUGUUCUCUUUUAUUUCUGUGUACUAUUGACUUUAGUAUUUAACUUUUUUUUUUUUUUUUUUUUCAUUUUCUUUUUUAAAUGAACCGAUUUAUCGUGGCACCAA